AUGGCACCUAAACCAGUCUCAACCACCGCCUCCAAGGCCCCUGCUUCCACUGCUGCCUCAAAGGCACCCGCAAAGACUACCGACAAGGCUAAGAAGGCUACCAAGACUUCUGCUGCCGCCGCUGCGGGGGCUGAUGGUGAGAAGAAGAAGCGCCGUAAAGUUCGCAAGGAGACCUACUCCAGUUACAUCUACAAGGUGUUGAGACAAGUGCACCCUGAUACCGGUAUCUCCAACAAGGCCAUGCUAUCCUCAACUCCUUUUAUGUACUCUCCGAUCAUCCUAUUGAUCAUUCCUAACUCCUUCCCUCCAGAACUCGCCGCUUACUCCAAAAAAUCGACGAUAUCUUCUCGGGAGAUCCAAACAUCUGUACGACUUAUUCUACCUGGUGAACUGCCAAGCACGCCAUCUCGGAAGGCACAAAGAUUCUCGAGCUCAUCAGCGAAGUAG